AUGGCGUAUCAGCCUCCAGGAGGCGGCUACGGCCAUCAACCACACCCUGACGACGAUCCCGAGAACAACCCAUUCAUGGAUCCGCGAAGACGAUCGCCAGAACGCUACCACUCACCGGCAUAUCAGCUCGACGACCGACCAUAUACUCAGCAUGAGCCCCUCGAGAUUCCAGUCGGACCAGGCCCAUUCGGCACGCAUGACAGGCUACAGCCACAGCCAACAUACUCGGUCGAGAACAUGCCAGGCACGUUCGGGCACAGCGAGGCAUACGAAGACACCCACGUCCAUCAAUACACACCAAACCCAUACCAGCAGGCUGCGCAUCAAGGGACAGGCGACUAUAGCUUGAGCCCUGCAUACGAGCACCCAGAACAUCAUUUGUACGAUCAGCCAGUCACACCAGAGCCCGGCUACGAUCAACCGCAACAUCCAUACUACCAGGACGAGCCAGACACGAGACCAAUAUUGCAGCAAGGCACAUCAUACGGGCCAGAUCCGACCGAUGUGGGAGGACCACCGCAGCAUCAGCCUGAAGGGACAGAUCUGGAGGCUGGGUUUGGAGAUGUGCAGCCACCACCGAAUGCGCGGAUACGGAGAUGGAAGACGGUGAAGGAGGUGCAGCUGUUCAAUGGCAACUUGGUGCUUGACUGUCCAAUACCGCCGCGAUUAUUGAACCAAGUCCCACACGCCCAGCCGCCAGACAGAGACGAGUUCACGCACAUGCGAUACAGUGCCGUGACCUGCGAUCCGUCCGAGUUCUCAGACAAGCGCUUCACAUUACGACAACGACUAUUCGCCAAAGCCAGACAUACCGAACUCUUCAUCGUCAUCACCAUGUACAAUGAGGAAGACGAGCUCCUAGCACGAACCAUGAUCGGCGUGAUCAAGAACAUUGAAUACAUGAAUUCGCGCACAAGCAGUAAGACCUGGGGCAAAGAGGCGUGGAAGAAGAUCGUGGUCUGCAUAGUCAGCGAUGGCCGUGCGAAGAUCCACCCUCGAACAAGAGCUUUGCUGGCUGGUAUGGGUAUCUAUCAAGAUGGUAUCGCGAAGCAGCAGGUCAAUGGCGAGGACGUGACUGCUCACGUGUACGAGUAUACCACGCAGAUGACGCUGGAGAUCAAGAAAGGCGUGGUGCAAGUCAAGAAAGGCACGACCCCUGUGCAGAUCCUGUUCUGUCUGAAGGAGAAGAAUCAGAAGAAGAUUAAUUCGCAUCGGUGGUUCUUCCAGGCUUUCGGCGAGGUGCUUCAGCCGAAUAUCUGUGUCCUCAUUGAUGCUGGGACCCGACCAGGAAGAAGUAGCGUCUACGACUUAUGGAAAGCUUUCGACCGCGAACCCAUGUGUGCAGGAGCCUGUGGCGAGAUCAAAGCGAUGUUGGAACAUGGCAAGAACCUCAUCAACCCGCUCGUUGCGGCGCAGAAUUUCGAAUACAAGAUGAGUAAUAUCCUCGACAAACCACUAGAGAGUGCAUUCGGCUUCAUCACCGUCUUACCUGGUGCUUUCUCAGCCUACCGCUACCUCGCCCUGCAGAAUGACAAGACUGGCCAAGGACCGUUGGAGAAGUACUUUGCUGGCGAGAAAAUGCACGGAGCCAACGCUGGCAUCUUCACGGCGAACAUGUACCUCGCCGAAGACAGGAUCCUGUGUUUCGAGUUGGUGAGUAAAAGGAACUGCUCCUGGAUCUUGCAGUACGUGAAGUCCGCAACGGGGGAAACCGAUGUGCCUACGGAGAUGCCGGAUUUCAUUCUGCAGCGACGACGAUGGCUUAAUGGAUCUUUCUUUGCGGCUGUGUAUGCGCUGGCGCAUUUCUACCAGAUUCAUCGGAGUCAUCAUAGUGCGAUUCGGACUUUUAUGUUCUAUAUCGAAUUCUUGUACCAGGCGAUUAAUAUGCUUUUUGCUUGGUUUGCUAUUGGCAAUUUCUUCCUCGUCUUCCGCAUCCUCACCGUCUCGCUCGGCGACAAAGACCUCCUAGGUAACGCCGGCCUCGUUCUCGCUAUCGUCUUCGAGUGGGGUUAUCUGGCCGUCCUGAUGACCUGUUUUGUCCUGGCUCUCGGCAAUCGUCCACAGGGAAGUUCUCGCUUCUAUAUGACGCAGGUUUACUUCUGGGCGAUCAUCAUGGUUUACUUGCUCUUCGCCUCGGUCUUCAUCACCGUCAAGAGCAUCCAACAACAGAUCAAAGAGCACAACGGUUUCAGCCUGGCAAUGCUAUUCACGAACCGCUUAUUCUUCACUCUGAUCAUCUCCAUGGCUUCGACUUGGGUCUUGUAUCUGGUGUCGAGUAUCCUGUUCCUGGACCCGUGGCACAUGUUCACGAGUUUCAUCCAGUAUCUCCUGCUAACACCAACGUACAUCAACAUCCUCAACGUCUACGCCUUUUGCAAUACCCACGACAUCACCUGGGGAACCAAAGGCGACGACAAACCCGAGAAACUCCCCGCCGCGAAUCUGAAACCGGGUGGCAAAGUCGACGUAGCCAUCCCCUCCGACGACGCGGAUCUCAAUACACAGUACGAGGCCGAACUGCAGACUUUCAGCACGAAGUUCGUUCCCCCGAAGAAGAUCGUCAACGAUGCGCAGAAACACGAGGAUUAUUACAGGGGAUUCCGAUCUGCGGUGGUGUUGGCGUGGAUGUUUUGUAAUCUCGCCCUCGCGGCUGUGGUGUUGAAUACGGGGGGUCUUGAGAGGGUGGGGUUGAAUGCUGAUGUGGCGGAGCAGAGGCGGGCGACGAUUUAUAUGGGGGUUGUUUUGUAUAGUGUUGCUGUCUUGGCGGCGAUUCGGUUCAUUGGGGCUUGUUGGUUUUUGGUUAUUCGGUUGUUUAGGGGUGUUUGA